UUUGAUGUCAUGGCCUGUGGCUAGUAUAAUAAACAAUUCAUUCAUUAAUUGCAUAAUUAGGUAUAAACCUGAUAAACUAGAGGGAGCACAAGUGGUUACAUAAUUUUAGACCAAAAAUGGGCACCAGUUACCACAUUGUGUUUAGCUUUGAACAGGUCUUCCUCUGUGCCUGAGUCUGACCAUUGUGGGCAAGCAAACAGAUGCUGAGUUGUUUGUUCUGCUCCACAGUCCCACAAGGUGGAGCAUUCUUCUAGGUAGUGUCAUUUUGCCAGGUUGUCUUUUGAUCUGCUCACUCCACUUAGGAGUCUGUUCAGGAAUCUCCAAGUUGCCCAUUCUUGGUUUGCCCCUGGAGGAAGAUCCUUGUAGGGGCCCAUCCAUUUGGGGUUUCCUGGUUUAGCUGCCCAGAGGGAUACUCUUGCUGUUGCUGGGGGAGCAUUAAAGAGGAGUGGUGGUUCUCAUGAAGCUUUUCCUUGAUUUAAGUCUACUGGGAGGAGGCUGAUAGCUAUGCAGUGGAUGGUUUUUACAGUGUUCAACCCGUAUUUUUCUCACAGUUGGCAGCAACUUCCCAUCACACAUCAGGGGUGGGGGGGGAUGCCAGCUAGCUCAUAGAGCAGGCAUAAGCAAAGUUUUUUGUCUUUGGGCUGCAUUGUGGGCCCAGCUGGGAAGGUCUGGCCAGGAAAGAGAGCAGCCAGGCACACACUGGCUGGGAUGGAUCCAGAAGAGUGAGGGCCUGGGAGAGUGCAGGGCCAGGAAGGGGCAGAUUAUUCUCAGGUUGUCCUGGCAUAAGGACAGGGCUGCUCACCCCAUCCUUAUGCUGGGAGGAAAAACAAGACAUGUUUGCGACUGCCGCGAUCCUCCUCCCCAAUACUCCUCCCUCAAUAUUUGGGCUUUCCUCUGUGUUAUGGCAGGAGGAGAGUGAGACAGGCAAUGUCCAAGAGCACCCCGGAGGGCUCUCAACCACUGUGUGCCUUUCUAUAUAAGGAUGUGGUGGGCUGCCGCAGCUUUAUUCCAAGAGGACAGGGAAAAUGAGGAGGGCCUGAGUGCCAUGGCAGAGGGUAGAGGCCCCACUCACCUUCUUGAUGUCUGUAAUCAAAAGUUCUCAGAAUUUCUGUUCAGUGCUGAAUACAAAUACUUGGUGUGGUUGCGGGAAAUUGAGGAGGAAGCACUGAAGAGGUUUGAAAGCAACUUCAAUGCUGAGCCUGAGCUGAUGCCCAAAACACCAUCUCAGAGAAAGAAUCGAAAGAAGAAGCGAUCCUCAUCAUUUCACUAUGAAAAUAAGGAGCUAACUCGAAAACGACUAUCUAGAAUGCGAAGUGGUAUAAAGACAGCAUGUUUUCAGAUGCUUUCCCAAUCUAAAGAGGGCCUAGAAAACUUUGAUGUGGAGAUAACAGAUUCCAUAUCUUACUGUAUAACAAGAUGUGCUAAAGAAGCAUCAGAAGUACAAAGUGAUAUAUCUCCAGAAGGAAGAGUAAUUGUUACUAAUUGUGGUCUAAGUGCUGAAGUAAAGGAGGAAGGGAAUGAUGGUGUAAAUAGAGCCCUAUGUUCAGAUGGCAGUUUGGUUCAUGUGGCUGGAACUGCAAUGAUGCUGCCAUCAGAAAAGACUGAAAAAGAGGAUGAUGCCUUCAGAUUAAGAAAUACACCAUCUCCAAAAGCGGCUUUCAAUGAGAAGUCAUCAAAUAGAGUGGAAGAAAUUCCAGCCCAAGGAUUGGUUAACAACUUGGUGUCAGCAGGGGAGCUUUUCCAGGAACUAAAGGAGAACACUGGAACCCCUGCAAGUUCCCAAUCAGGGCAUCGCCAUCCAAAUAGAGUACACAAGAACAAGAAAGUUUCCCUUGCGGAGAGGUAUUCACUAAGUAACAAAAGGAAAAGCAUGGUUCGGAAAUCCCUCAGCAGGGCAAUGGCCAAGAAGAAAGCAGCUCAAGACUCCUCAUCUGUCUGUAGCCAAGUCAAUUCUCAUAGUUCUCUUGAAGUGUUUAUGGAUGAUGAAACAAGUGAUCAUGGGAAACAAAGUUAUAAGUGCUCAGUUGAUGAUCUGCCUUCUGUCCAGAACAUGCAAGAUGAAAACAAUUCCAGUCACAAAACGACAUCCUAUCAUGCAAACAAGAUCAUACGACCAUUCAAAAACUUCUUCCAGUCUAUACAGAAAAAUCAACUACUCAAACCUUCAGGGUCACCAGUAAAUAAUAGUGUUAAACACAGCACACCCACUAGACCUCCCACCAAGGGCGAUUUUGUUGAAAAACAGCGACAGCGUCUGGAAAGUCUCAGGAAAAAGCAGGAAGCAGAGCAGCAGAGGAAGCAAAAAGUGGAGGAAGAAAAGAGACGACGAUUGGAAGAAAUAAAAUUAAAGCGUGAAGAAAGGCUAAGAAAGGCACUCCAAGCCCGAGAGCGGGUGGAGCAGAUGGAGGAAGAAAAGAAGAAGAGACUUGGACAGAAGUUGUCUCAACAGGAGGAAAAGAGUGAAAAGGUGAGAGAAGAGAAAGCAGCAGAGGAGAAGAACAGGAAGAAGAAGUCAAUUAAGAAAACGGGGGAAGCAGAAACCCGGAAACAAAAAAUGCUGCAGGUGGAAGAAGAGCCAAAGCUUCAAGAGCAACAAGAAAAAUGGAAGACAGUUGGGGAAAUUAGAAAAAUGCUUGAGCACAAUAAGGCAAAACAGGAAAAAGGGCAUUGUGGACAGAAAGGAAAAGAAAGACUGGCGAAACCUUUGGACCUUGCAAUAGUAAAGGAAGAGAAAGAAAAUUUGAAGAAGGAACAGGAUCCUCCCACAGUGGACCAUCAGGAAAAGGAAGCUAGACACAUGGAAGCAGUUCCUGCUGGCUGUAAAUGGCUGAAUAUAACGGCUCAGAAACCUGAAGUCAAUAGCUCCAAUGAAGUAAAUUCCCCAAAAGUAAAAGAUACUGCAUCCCGCAAAAUGAAUCCAAAUGACUACGGCAUGGAUCUUAAUAGUGAUGACUCUACCGAUGAUGAAAAUGAGCCCCGCAAACCUAUUCCUGCAUGGGCCAUUGGGCUUCAGCUUACCGAGGCUGUCACAGAUCAGUAUUACAACCCUCGAAACAUCAAUAGGUUAUUUGGAGUAAUAUUGGACCCUAAACUAGAGGAUAUUUUCUACAAAAGUAAGCCAAGGUAUUUCAAGCGCACGAGUUCAGCCGUCUGGCAGUCCCCACCUGCAACCAAACCAGCAUUGCAUGCUUCCAACAGCAUGAUAAAAUUCUGAGGCUGUCUAAGAUUGUAAGCACUUUUUAUGUCAUACCUUGGUCAGAUGCAUCUGUAAAUCAUUUUAAUAUUGUAUGUUUUUGUAAUAAAGGUUUAAAUGCUGAAA